UUCUAAUCAAAAUCUUCGAAGGCGGCAUGAAGUCAUGAACUCGAGGUCAAGUGGUGGAGAACAUGAGCUGGUCGUUUCCGGACGACGGAUUUGGAGAGCUUCUACUAGCAUGACUGCCUCAUGUGAAAUAGAAGAGUUGCCCAUUGCCAACGAUCGGACUGAGCCAUCGAAAAAAAUCAGAGAGGAAAUUAGGAUUAUUGAUUUUUGGCUUGCGAUGAACGGCCGCUUGCGUUCUCAAAAUCAGAAACUUGAGGACGAGGAGAUGCCGCGCUGGUUUUCUGCGUCGAACGAUCGGACGACUGUGACGAGUGAAGACGAGAUACAGGAGGAUCAUUCUACUGAGAAAGGGCAUGCGAAGGAAAUUGUAGCGGCGUUGGUGGAUUCUGAGGCAAAAUGGCUUCAGAUUAGCACCAAAGCUUUUGCCGAAUACUCUAACCUUCGUCCAGAUUUUCAGAGCGAGUCCGGAUUUUUGAAUUGUACAAUCGGACGGUAAACUUUCAGUGCUGCUGCCAACAUAGGCGCCCCUAGUUACGGCUUGGUCUAACUAAUGCAGUGAAUUGCAGGUAUUGAAAUAAUCAGGAGUACUGGAUUGAUCUUGUGAUGCAAAAGUUAACCAUUGAUUCCACGGUCUAAAAUGCAGGUCUCACCUUUGAAAUACAUUCUGUAAUUCUACUAUCCAGGUGUCAAUCUGGAUUCACUUUAUACAUAUACUUUCAGUCGACAAAGUCAAUACUUCAGUGUACAUAUCAUCAUCCGCUUACGCUGAGCAAUUGUGUUUAUGUUUGUUGAGUUAAGUUGUGUGUUAGAAACUUCAAGAACUUCGAUGUAAACUGCAAUAGAACAAGCAUAUCAAUAAAUCCACUGCUUUCAUCAGCUGGCUAGUUCUCUGAGUCCUUUUAUUUGACGUCAAGUUAGCUGGUGACAUCGGUCUAGGCGAGAUGUGGUCAGGCAGUGACUAUUAAACUAUGAC